AUGAUGCAGAAGAAGAAGAAGAAGAAGAAGAAGAAGAAGAAGAAGGAGGGGAAGAUGAUGCAGAAGAAGAAGAAGAAGAAGAAGAAGAAGAAGAGAGAGAGAGAGAGAGAGAGAGAGAGAGAGAGAGAGAGAGAGAGAGAGCGAGAUAGAGAAGAGGAUUUACGAGCUUGUUCAUCAUGA